CUCUUUCUCUUUCUCUUUCUCUUUCUCUCUCUACCUCUUAUAACCCAAAAGGAAUAGAAGAAGGGAAGCAAACAAGAAGGAGAAGAGGAGAAAAGAAGCAGAUCCUAAGGCUAGGGUUUUCCAAACACCAUCUUGAUUUGUCAUUACCUCUGGAGAGAAGAUGGCCGGCUUGCUCGGUGGCGUCACCAUGAACUUCAAGGAGACCGAGCUGUGCCUCGGCUUGCCCGGCGGUGGUGGCGGCAGCGGCGGGGCAGAGGUGGAGGCUCCGAGGGCCACUGGGAAGAGAGGGUUCUCCGAGACCGUGGUGGAUCUCAAGCUCAACCUUCAGGCCAAGGACGCUCUGUCCGUGGCGGAUCUCAAAGAGGCCAUGAAGAGUCAGGACAAGACUCUUCUUGCCGGUGCUAGUCCGGCUAAAGAUCCUGCAAAGCCACCAGCCAAGGCUCAGGUGGUGGGCUGGCCACCGGUGAGAUUGUACAGGAAGAACAUGAUGGUAGCCCAGAAGAACGCCGACCCCGAGGAGGAGAAAGAGAAGUCGGCGGCGACGGCUGCAUUUGUGAAGGUUUCCAUGGACGGAGCGCCUUAUCUUCGCAAGGUCGACCUCAAGAACUACAGUAGCUACAAGCAACUCUCUGAUGAUCUUGGCAAAAUGUUCAGCUCCUUCACCAUGGUUUAUUUUGGUGAAGGGAGCUAUGGUGCACAAGGAAUGAUAGACUUCAUGAACGAGAGCAAGCUGAAGGACCUGCUGAACAGCUCUGAUUAUGUGCCGACCUAUGAAGACAAGGACGGUGACUGGAUGUUGGUGGGCGAUGUUCCAUGGGAGAUGUUUGUCGACUCGUGCAAGCGCCUGCGCAUAAUGAAAGGUUCCGAAGCAAUAGGGCUCGCACCAAGAGCAAUGGAGAAGUGCAAGAGCAGAAGCUGAACAAACCCACAUGUGCUCAUCAGUUUAAGUCCCUCCCGAGGCAAACAGUUUGGCCAGAGAUUCCCACGGGAUCAAAGGCCAUGGGGUGGUGAUCCUUUUUACCCGUCCCUCUCUGUACUUUCCCAUUUGUUUUUAGCUCGUACAUAGAUAUCAAAGCAUGUGGGUGAUUUGUAAUGGAACAAGAGGCAAUAAACUUUAGCUUGUCUGAAUCUUUUUCUUUUUUCUCUUUUCAUUUUUCCACUUUUGUAUGUUUUUUUCCUUUGUUCUUUUUUUUUUGUUCUUGUGGGCUUCACUAUAAUGGCUUGCUUAAAGACACAAUAUUUUCCUAUUGUUCUAUUCCCUACUGUCAUCGCUGCCCCGGUUGUUGUGUGUUUUAUUCCUCCAUACAUAUUUAUAAUCACCAUGAGAUUCUUGCUGCUAA